CCACUCUGCUCUUCAACAGUUUCCAACGAGUGGUCGGUCGAUUCGGCUGCAUCGCGUUCCAUCGUCUCCCAUCGUUCAGUUCAAGUUCAAGAUCUCCAACCUUCCUACUCACAGUGUCAGCAUUCCUGACCUAACCGCGGCGGGUGUCGUCUUCUAUCGUCCACCGACCGAGAAAAGAACGCCGUGAAUCGUUAAACGUUGUGCGCGGCUUCUAUCGAAUGCAUUUCAUAGGGCAACAAGCCGUGUCGUCGUGUCCCCGUUGGGUGUUGUUCUAAAGGUAUCUAUCUGCGCAGCAUUUGUGGCAUCGGAUCGAGAGCAGCACGGCAAGUGGACAAGUGACAUUCCAUAAUGACCCGCAUUGGCUGGAUACUUCCGAUCGUUUCGAUCAUCCUCGGUAUAUCCGCCGUCCAACUCGUGCAUGCCCAGAACAUCAGAUGCUGUGAAGACUACUGCUACAGCCGAGAUCAUGACCGGAGUCAGUCGAAGCAUUUCGCCACGAAAACCUCCUACGAAGUGAUCCACGGUUCGUCCUCCAGUCGGGAACACAUCGUACCAAAUUGUAUUCCGUCCAAGUUUUGGCUGCUGAGCCGCCACGGAACGAGACUACCGGGUAAAAAGGAUAUCGAGUUACUACCGCAAGCUCUGAAUAAUCUUCGAAAUUCGAUUCUGGACAACUACGACAACCGUCGUACAGCUCCAGACAUAGGACGUAUGUGCGCCGACGAUUUGGAUCUACUGCGAUCGUGGCGCUGGGACCGGAACGUCUCCGUUGAGUACGAAUCCUUUCUCACCGAUCAGGGUUGGAGUGACUUAAAGCUGCUGGCCAGGCGAGAGAAGGAUCGCUUCUACGAAGUGUUCAACGGGCCCUACGAUAAGCAGCGUUAUUUGUUCCGUCACACGAAAGCGCAACGCACCGAGGCCAGUUUCAAAGCGUUUGUUGAGGGCCUAUUUGGAGAUGCAGCGUAUAACUUUAUCAACGCGGACCCGGAACCUAGCGACGAUACUCUGCUGAAGCCUUAUGAUUUUUGUCCGGCGUAUGAUGCAAACAAGGACAAAAAUAAGCAACCGGACUCCGAGCUGAAUAAAUUUUUAAGGUCUCCGAUGUAUUUGCAAACUCUGUCGGAUAUUUCGACACGUUUGGGCUUCCGGUACAAUCUGAGCACCGAUCAGAUUGAAGCCAUGUGGGACAUUUGCAGGUACGAGCAGGCAUGGCAUCUGCAGCAGUACAGCCCUUGGUGCAGUGUGUUCACCAAGAGUCAGGUCAAUGUUCUGGAGUACAAGGAAGACCUCAAGUAUUACUAUCAGAAUAGCUAUGGGUACGAGAGGAGUGCCGACUUGGCCUGCUAUGCCGUCGCCGAUAUGAUGAAGCAUUUGGGACGUGCGGACGGUCAACAAGUUAUCGCCUACUUCACACACGAGUCGGAGAUUCAGAUCUUUCUGGCUGCCUUGGGUGCGCUGAAGGAUAGAAUAGCACUCAGAGCAGAUAAUUACUACGCCAUGCAGAAUCGGAACUUCAGAUCUAGUGAGCUGACUCCGUUCGCGUCUAACGUUGCAGUCGUGAGGUAUCAGUGUGCUGAUCCGGUAGAACCGGUGAAGGUCAUUUUCUUCCUGAAUGAAAAGGCAUUGAUGUUCGACUGGUGUCGAGUUGGGCUUUGCAACUGGUCCGAGGUGGUACGGCGUUACGAGCGAUUUACCAAGGGAGAUUGUGCCAAAAUGUACUGUGGUGGAAGCGGGGCGUCCAGCAGCACAUUGCAUUGGACGGCUGCGAUGGGCGUCGUGUUGGCAAUAGGCGGAACGUUCCUCGCGCAACAACGAUUGUAGCUGCCGGACAGUAUUGAUAGAUAAUAAAUUUUAGUUUAGAUAUACUUUA